UCGUUCAAAGUUCAGGGAGCUCGAAACGACGUCACAAACCUGAUCAUGGCAGUUACAUUUCACUGCAAAUUAUUAACGGAAACCAAAGACUUGGAAUAUUUCUAUUCCGCCUAAGCUAAAUUCCUAACAACCUCCCCUAUUUUCUCUCCCAAAUCUCAACACCUUUAACACUCACACUAACCAAAUAAACUCUACACCAGUAAUACAAAACCACGCCUGAAAUUACCAAAUGACGUACACCAAAUCAGAUUCCGACGACUCAACAAGCAUCUCAUCUCCGCCGCCGGCGUACACCGUGGAAAAUCCACCGUCAGACGCUCCAGACUUGUCAUCAGCCAAUGCCUCGCCGACUGUCACUAGUCCAGGGUUCUCGCCGCGGCGUUCUUCCUUUUCCCGCCACUCAGGAGUCUCAUCAGCCAAUGCUCCGCCGCCUUUCGCUAUUCCAGCGAACUCGCCGCGGCGUUCUUCCUCUUCCCGCCACUCAGUAGUCUCGUCGUCGUGCAGCAGAAUUUCUGGCCCUUACGCGAAGAUCCUGGCCGACAGGGAGAAGAAAGAAGCCGAGAGGCUUAACAGGAUUAGAGAGUGGAGAUUUAGCGUUAUUCGCGAAGAGGAAGAAGAAGAUGGAAAACUGUUUUAUUUUAGGAGCAAUAGUGAUUUUGAUGAUGAAGUUUCGCGACGGUUUCAUAUUUCGCUUGCGGUUUUAGGGCUUAUUCUGAUGCUUUGCACGUUUUGUUUCAUUAUUCGGAGUUCUAUCAGGCCGUUUCCACCACGAAUCAUUGUUAAGAGUUUGAGAGUGCAUCAUUUUUAUUUCGGUCAAGGAUCAGACUCGACAGGUGUACCGACAAAGAUGAUAACGAUGAAUUGUUCAUUAGAGAUUAAAGUUGAUAAUUAUGCCAAGUAUUUUGGGAUUUAUGUUAGCUCGAUGCCUAUUAAUCUCAUGUACUCUGAAAUCACAGCUGCUUCCGGCGAGUUGAAGGAAACUUAUCAAUCAAGAAAGAGCGAGAUGACGGAGUUUGUGAAUCUUGAAGGUGUCGGAGUUCCUCUAUACGGUGCAGGGUUGAAUUUGGUGAUUUCCGACUCGCAUAUGAAUCAAACAGUACCAUUUAAGUUACGUUUUGAUGUUCAGUCGCGAGGAAAUGGUCUGGGGAGAUUGGUGAGUUCAAAGUAUACAAGGCGUAUUUCUUGUUCUUUUGCUAUUCAAUCUGGUAGUUAUAAUAAUAAACCUAUCAUUUUUGAGAAUGAUUCAUGUGCAUAUGAUUGAUUCAUUUGGAUUUCCACGUAGAAUAUAGUUGUAAUAAUACAAAAUAGAUUUCGUUCUUACUAAGUAGUUGUUAUUUGUGUAGAUAUAAAUAUUUUCUUACCAGGAAAUAUUCUCAUUGCUUUGUCGAGUUAUUGAA